AUGUCUUCAUUUUUCUCUUCAACCACCAGCCAGAGCUACUACAGUAGCACCAACCGAGAUGGCAAGACGGAGACGCACGCCUUCUCAGAGCAGACCCGCACAAACCCGCAAGGAACCACGAUUCGCACUGCGUACAAGGAUAACGAGAAGCCCGUCCAAUAUACUGAGGAUCGUAUCCCGGCCAGGAAUACACACCUGGAGGGCUCAGCUGGCAGUGACACCUCUCGUCGCAUCGAGGACGUAAGCCACGAAGAAGCCGAUCAACGUUACACAGAGGCUAUGGAGGAUGAGUAUGCGAAGAAAGAAGGCGGGGCUUGA